GUAGACUAUUAGUAUUUUACUGCAUCUAUCGUGGGGCGAGUAUCGGUGUAGUGGAAUACAAUAGUUGUGACGGUCAAGUGUGAGUAAGAAAACCAAAGGAAAGGAUCGACCGAGAAUUUCCGGAGACCCAAACACGGCGUGUUUCACGGAAUUUUCAUCGUACCACUUUCUUGUCGUUCCACUGCCAACCUUUGUCUCUUGUAUAUCUUUUCUUUCUCACUACUCUCACUCUCUUUGCCACUGCUCUUCAGCUACAUUUUCACCACAUCUUCACUCAAUCACUACAUAAAUCACACACCGGCACAACCGACACCCAACAAAUCAACACCCAACGCUCAACGAUUCAACAAACCUCAAAGCAAUGGACGUAAUCCUAGAACUUUGCGACCAACACAUAUUCGAUUCUCUCUACUCUCAUUUCCUUCCCAAUCCUUCUAUACCUUUAUCUCUAUCACAUCUCAAUACAACUUCUUUACCUUCCUCUUAUUCAUCUUCAACGACAUAUCAUCCUUGCCUUCAAACCGAAUCAAAAUGGCCACGCGAUGAUAUAACAAGACAAACAAUAUCAAUAUUCUUAAUCGCAAUGUUUGGUGCAUAUGUUUUAUAUUUCUUAUUCUCUUAUAUCUCUUAUCAACUUUUAUUCGAUAAAAGAUUAAGACAUCAUCCUAAAUUUUUAAAAGAUCAAGAAUGGUUAGAAAUCAAAUCUUCUUUGAUUGCCGUACCGACUAUAGACGUUUUGACAUUACCUUGGUUUUUAGGUGAAGUUAGAGGUAAAAGUAUGUUGUAUGAAAAAGUUGAGGAUUACGGUUGGAUGUAUUUAUGUUCAUCAGUGAUUUUGUAUUUGGUUUUCACGGAUUUUUUAAUUUAUUGGAUACAUAGGUUAGAACAUCAUCCGAGGGUUUAUAAAUAUAUACAUAAACCUCAUCAUAAGUGGAUAGUCCCCACUCCUUGGGCGGCUUUGGCAUUCCAUCCAUUAGAUGGUUAUGCUCAAUCUUUACCAUACCACAUAUUCGUAUUCCUCUUCCCUAUGCAAAAAUACGUCUAUCUCACCCUCUUCGUCCUAGUCCAAUUAUGGACAAUCAUCAUCCACGACGCAGAUAUGAUCACUGGUUCAUGGUGGGAAAAAUGGUUAAAUUCACCUGCUCAUCACACUCUCCAUCAUUUAUAUUUCACAUGUAAUUAUGGACAGUACUUUGUAUGGGCCGACGAAUACUUUGAUUCACAUCGAGCCCCCGAACAAUCUCUCGACCCAAUUCAUGAAUCUCUUCGAAUGAUGAAGAAAAAAGGUUUGAUAGAUGAAGAUGGUAAUGAGAUUCCGCAAAAUGACAAAAAAGGACAAUGAUCUUCCGACUGAAAAUCCGAAUCUCGGCCAAUGUGAAAACUGCUGCACGCUGCUUUGCAAGAACAAGAAUACCCAUCUGCUGGUCACGGUGGUCCCUAGUCUAUCGAUUCUUUCCCGUCACUCAGUUUCUCGCCUAUCACCCCAGUGUGGGGAAGUGAUUGCGUUGAAAACGCAAGUGGGGAGAGGACGGAGCUAUGAAUGAUGUAAGAGGGAUGAAGGUGGAUGGAUGUGGAAUGUGGGAAGGGACUUGUUGGAUUAUGAAAUGUACGAUUAUGACCCAUGAGAAUUGUGAUGAUUAAGGUGGGAAGGAUGACGGUCGUCAGAUGAGAGGCGGUGUCCAGGUAGAGAGGAGAGGGGAAGGGAGGAGAGGAGGAGAGAAGGGAGGAAUAAUGCCGAUAUAAUUUAUAGAAACCUUUUAGAACAUUGUCCCUGCAUGGAUGCUCAUUUUUUUUUUC